AUGGAAGAACUUCAACAACUUUUCGAAGCGACACUCAACCCCAUGGAUCCUUCAGUUGCGGAUACCGCGGAAGCGGUUUAUAUUUCUUCUUUAUCUUUGCUUAAGAUGUUAAAACAUGGACGCAGCGGUGUACCCAUGGAAGUUAUGGGAUUGAUGCUUGGUGAAUUUGUGGAUGAAUAUACCGUAAGCGUAAUCGACGUGUUUGCUAUGCCACAAAGUGGUACGGGCGUAUCCGUAGAAGCGAUCGAUCACGUUUACCAAACAAGAAUGUUGGACUUGCUGAAGCAAACUGGACGAUCCGAAAUGGUAGUUGGGUGGUAUCACUCUCACCCUGGAUUUGGAUGUUGGUUGUCUGGUGUAGAUAUAGAAACACAAAGGAGUUUUCAGUCAUUGAAUAAGAGGGCUGUUGCUAUAGUGAUUGAUCCUAUACAGUCUGUCAAGGGCAAAGUAGUUAUUGAUGCUUUCCGUCUUAUAGAUCAACGCUUUUAUUUGAGUGGUCAAGAGCCACUUCAAAGCACAUCCAAUGUCGGACAACUUAAAAAACCAAGUAUUCAAACUUUGGUCAAUGGGUUGAAUAAAUAUUAUUAUUCAAUCAUAAUUAAUUAUCGAAAGAAUGAAUUGGAACAGGCAAUGUUGCUCAAUCUGCACAAAAAAAAUUGGACCAAUGUAUUGACACUGCCAGAUUUUACGGAACACACCAAAAUCAAUGAAGAGAGUGUCAAUUCGAUGGUUACAUUGGCAGGAUCAUAUAAUAAAUCGGUGCAAGAGGAAUCAACCAUGCCGCCUGAACAAUUGAAAUUACGACAUAUUGGAAAACAGGAUCCAAAACGUCAUUUGGAGGAAAGUGUGAAUGUGGCCAUGUCCGAUAAUAUUGUAAUGACACUAGGAACCAUGAUUAAUUCAACCAGUUUCGUAACCAUAAACCAAGAUGAUAAACCUCAGGAAUAA